AUGAAUGAUACUCCAGUGGUCAUGUGACUUGCCAUGUCAGUUUCCAUUGUUCAAAAGGGAGAAACAGCAAAGGAGCCCACAGCAAAGACUUCACAGCACCAACAUUCUCAACAAGGUUUAGGUCAAAUCCCCUCAGGGUAAAGGAACAUUACUGUUGGAAUGGGGAGCAGACAUGGCUUCUAGCAUGGCUACCAGUGUUGGGGAUUUGUGUUCCCUGGCCUGAGCCAGUCAAUUAAAAAAAGUACUAGAGGAAGCCAGGAAUGGUGGAAUAUGCCUGUAAUCCAAUGAUUGACAGUAGAGAUAGCAAGACCAUGAACUGGAGGCUGUCAUUAGUGCCUAUUGAGUGUGAGGUUAGCCUAGGCACAUGAAACACUGUCUCAAUUGUGUCCCUUUGUCCCUUUGUCUCCUGCUGGAGAUAGAACCCAGUGUUCUGUGCAUGCCAGGCAGGUAAGCACUCUACCAGAUGAACCUUGUCUUUAUGCUCAGUCAGGUCUGAGAGAAGAUCCUCCUGGUCAUGACUACUCACCUCCAGGCUUCUUCUGUCCUUGCCUUACAGUCUGAGGUCUGUGGGUAAAAGGUCACUGGAUUGCUAACUCUCUGCAUGAAGGGCUGGGCCUGACGAGGCUGCCAUAUGUCAGGUGUUGGACCCCAGCAUUUUUAUUCAACAGGGUCUGUUGGUCCUUCAGGAUCUCAACUGCCCCUUGUGCUCAGCCUCACUGGCUGCCAACUGCUGGAUCCUUACUCCAAAGUCAUGGACUCAGUUGGAGUUUCAAGUCCUUAGUUGAAUCACCAUAGGAACCCCGCUGUGGAUAUUUUUUAUGUCCAGGAUACUGUAAUCAGUCUCCUGCAGUGCCAACCCCAUUUCCCCCAACAGCAGUGACUGGGCUCUGCAGCCAUGAUGCUGUCACAGGGGAGAGGCACUUUCUGUGGAAGAGCAGCCUGGGCUGUGGUGUGCACACGUGGGUCUUCUGCACACACGUGACCAUGGGUGUGUCAGACAGCAGUGUGAGAACCGGCUGCUGCACAGGAUGUAGCAUGUGUGUGUCCUGCCCCCACAGAAUAAAAAAAUAAUUUUAAAAAUUUAAAGCAAGUUGGGCUAGGCAUGGUGUUGUAUGCCUUUAUUCUAACUUUGAGAGACAGAGUCAGAGGCAAGUGGAUCUCUGUGAGUUUGAGGCUAGACUGGUCUAUAUGUCCUGUUCCAGGCCAGCAAUGGCUACAUAGACCUUGUCUCAAAAGACAAACAAACAAACCAAAAAAAAUAAACAAACAAAAAAACCAAACCCCCCAAAUCUAAAAAAAGAAACAAAAACCAAAUUAAACAACAAAAACCUAAAACAAACAAACAAAUAAACAAACAAAAAACCUGAGAUGGAUAGUGUCUUGAGUAGUAAUGCUGGAUGUUGUCCUCUGGCCUCCAUAUACAUGAGCACACACUCACUUGCACACACAGGCACCUGCACGCAGAGACACACAAUCACACAAGGCACCUUUCACAGCUGAUCUGCCACCACAUGUUUACCCAGUCCUCAUCCUGAGUACACAUGGUGUCUCAGGCCUGACUCUGUGACUCUUCAGACUCCAGUUCCUGAUGGUGUCCUCAGCAUUCAGACUCUGAUUUUAUACCUAGCUGUGUUUUCCCAUGACAGAGGUGGAGGAGAACAGGCUCAACCUUUCCUAUUUCCGUCAGAACCAUCCAGUUCCAGAAACUUUCCUCAAAUAACGCACAGUGAAGGCCUUGUGGGCCCUGACACAGCAGAUAAUCUCAAUGAUGAAAACUAUCCAACUCUCCACCCUUCCUGUCACUCCUUGAUUUCAUUUCCCCAGGGACAAGAUACACACCCCAGAUGGAACCCCAGACUAGCUCACCCAGACUGGGUCCUGAGGAGAGUGGAGGAGAUGUUAGAGAGGUUGGAAGGAUGGCAGCUGGUAGUGUAGAUAGGACACUCAGGCUGCACCUGAGACUUUACAUUAGCACAGUUGCCCCGCCCCCAUCUCACCUCUUCUUUCUCCCCCAGGAUGACAUCAUCAUCUUCAUCUCCCUCAUGUGCUGCCAACCUCAGCAUGAGCACUUUCUGUACCCCUGCCUAGGGGACCCCAAGAAGAGACUCUAUAGUGUCCUAAAGGCCCAGUGAGUGGGGAUGGGUGACCAGCUCAGUCUCCUACUCCUCAGGUAGGAAGUUUCCCAGCUUCUGCAGAUAGCCAAGGCCAAUGGCAGAAACUCCCGGGUCACUGAAUUUGAGGUCACAGAAACAGAGAAACGAUCAUUUUCCUCUUCAACAUAUAUGCUGUUUAAAUGAAACUAUUAAUAGUAACAAAAUUUGUUUAAGUGAGUCUGAAGAAAAUACUGGUGACAUCUUCAAGUAUCUGCAACCAAAGUGAAAUAACAGAUGACCUGCCUCCAUGACCUGGCUGACUCUUUGGAGUUUUGGUUAUCUUGGCUGUUUGUUGGGUUACAUGAGACCACAUUCAAUAAAGGUUAGGGGGGCCCUUCUGACAGAUUCAAUAGGCCCCAAUACCCUCUCCUGACGGGGCCCAACUCAUCCCAAAGGUUCUGUGUCUCUGCAUCUCCAAAAACAGGAUGGAUGGAUAUAGAAGUGUGUCCAUGUGCUGCUGGGAGUGAGACCAUGAGUGUUUGGGCCUGGCUCAGGUCAAUAAAUCAGAGGACCAUGGGAACUGUGGGGACUGUGAGGACAGCAGAGACAGCAGAUGUGACAGAGGUGGUUGCAUAGUCACCUGAGGGAAGCAUGGAGAAGGCAAUCAGUGCAGGAAUCUAAGGAAAUGGGAAGUCGCCUCUGCACAUGUCACUCAGGGAGAAGGAUGCCACUUCCUCUGCUACAAUCUUGUCCUCCACAGAACUGAUGGAACCUUGUCUGAGGAAGGGGAGGAUGACCCUCCUACAGAACCAUACCUGAGGUCACCACAGCUUUUGCCCCCAACCCUCACAUCUCCACCCUAGUCACGGAGCAGUGUGUCCACUGUCAGAGAUGUCCCAGGCAACAUGUCAUGAGUGACACAUUGCUGCUGUGAGUCUUCUUUGCCAACUUCAUCCAAAGAAGGUUCUAGAACAGCCACAGCUAGAGGGAGUCACUCAAGUGCUUUGUGGGAACAGCCUCCUGGGAGCCUAGCAGCUGAUCCCUGACCUUUGAGGGGAGUACCGAUGCUGUGCGGAGCAGGCAGGCUGAAGUCUGUGUGGAGUGGAGGACUACAAGUACUUGAUGGGAUGAAGUCCAGUCAACCAUGCAUGUGACAGUCAUGUGACAUGUGCCAGGGCUUCUCUGAUCCUUGGCAUCCUCUUCUGAGUUGUGGGAAGGUUGGUGCGAUGUAGAAAGUCUCCUUCAGAAACUGGAGUACCUUUGGAGUCACUGUCUAGGGGAGGGAGACGAUCACCCAGGAAGCCCAGGGUGGUUACAGACUCGGCAGCAGAGAGCAGGCCAGGGUGAGAGUGUCCCCUGGGCCUUGGUUCUGCCGGGUGCUGUGAAGAGUCCCUGAAGGACAAGAAGAGGACAAAGAGCAGAUGGUGGUGGGGACACCGAGCUAGGGCUGGGACUGAAUGUGUUUCCUCAUCACCUCCAUCCUCGCUGUGUCUGAAGUGAGCAGAAACUGACCACUUCUGUGCCUGAGGUUAUUAGAGAGAGGGGGAGACAGACAGACAGACAGACAGACAGACAACCAGCAUGGUGAGAGACACAAUGAGAAACAGAUGAUGAUGAGGAGGGCAGGAGUGGAGGAAAUCUGGAGGUGAGGAACCAGUGAUUACAGGCCACAUGGGAAAUGGACAGGACUGGAUAAGACAGAAGAUCAAGGUGGAAGAGAGGAGAGCCCGGCAUGGUGAGGUCAGUUCCAUUUCUUCCUGUCAAAAACGGGGCCUGGGCUCAAGGGCAUGGCCAUCCUGUCAGUGACCACUGGGCGGAUCUUCUGCAGUGUGAGAAAGAACCCAGAAUGAUGAAGGAAGUUGCUGGUCACAAGGAGGUGGAGAUGGGGAGGUCCUGCCCCACUCUGUCCUCCACAUGAGAAGCCUCGGUGGAUGACGGUCAUUUUAACCCAGUUCUCUCCUGACUCCUGAGCACCCCAGUGUCCCUCACAGGUCCUCUCCUGCCUGAUGACUCUGCUGGUCUCACUUCCUGGAGGGAAUCAGGCCAUGACUUGGAUCCUGCUUCUGCUGCUGUCAGCUGCAUGUCUGCAAGCUGGUAACUCAGCAAGAUGUCACAGGACAAAUGCUUUUGGAGUCGACCAGCCAGCACACAUCUCUGGUGUCCAGGGCGGCUCCAUCACAAUCCCCUUCUCCUUCUACUUCCCCCCGGAGUUGGCAAAGGAUCCACAGAUGAGGAUUCUCUGGAGAUGGAAGCGCUUCCAUGGGAAAUUGAUCUACAACUCUUCCUCGGGUUACAUAUAUGAACAUUUCAAGAACCGGCUCAUCCUGAACUGGACACAGCCUCAGACAUCCGGAGUCCUCAGAAUCCUGAACUUGAAGAAGAAGGACCAGACAGUGUACUUCUGCCGAGUUCAACUGAGCAUAAAAAACUGCACGGAGAUGUGGCAGUCAAUCAGUGGGACGCAACUCACCAUCACUCCUGCCCCCAAGACCACCUCUCCAAGCCCCACCUCUGCAACUUCUGCACUCACCAGAACUGCUCUUACAGCCACAGAAGGGAAGAAGAGCGGGAAGAAUCAGCCCCUGGGUCUGGGAACCACAGUUGGGUUGGCAGUGGCUGCCGCUGUACUCCUGGCUGGGGUUUUGGGAUUGAUAGUGUUCCUCGGGUGGAGGAGAAGGAAAGGUAAGUGGUCCAAGACAGCACCCCCAUCACACUUCGUGAGUGUUUCCACAGAACAGUCCACACCAGAGUCCUGGAAGGGGAUUGAUGACAGCACAGAUCCGUGGGUCAGGGGAUGGCUGAGUCAGGAAAGUGUUAGCCAUGCAAGCUGGAGGUUCCAUGACCAUACUCCAUGUGAUCCCAGUGCUGAGGAGGACAGAGGACUAAAGCUGAAACCCCAGCCAGGGCAAUAUAUGGAUCCCAAAGAGAACCCCAAGGCUGCAGCUGCUGAAGGUGUGGGCAGGACACUCAGGCUGCAGCUGCUGCAGGUGUGGGCAGGACACUCAGGCUGCAGCUGCUGCUUUAUGGUGGCCACAGCUGCACUGCUGCCAUCUAACCUCUUGUCCCCACAGGAUAACAACAUCGUGUACGCCUCCAUUGCCCUCUCAAGCUCAGCCUCCCCAGGAACACCACCCUGCCAGCCCGUCCAUGGGAACCCCCAGGAAGAGACUGUGUACUCCAUCGUAAAGGCCAAAUGAGUGGGUCUGGGUGACGAUCUCAGAGUCACCUGUGUUUCUAGUAGGAAGACUCCCAGCUUCCACUGAUACCCACAGCCAGAGACAAAAUCUCAUGGGUCACUGAUACCCAUGGCCAGAGACAGAAAUCCACACGUCAGGGCGUUUGAGCUCAGAGAAAAUCAGAAAUUCCCAGUUCCCUUUUCUAACUUCCUAGAUCUUCCUCACAAAAAUAAAAACAAUCCACAGAAUUUGCCUAAAUGAAUAUAAUUAAGAGUCACUCACGUGACCCUUAACUUCUGGCCUCUAAGAUCCCCUCCUCUAUCACUUUUUUCUAGCUGCCCAAGGCAGGGGAUGUCCCAAAUGCUGGCAGCCAGUCUACAUGAUAUACACCCACAUCUGGGAGGGUAAUAACCAGUACACAGUGACUGGUUCCCAUGGACCACCACACUGGACAUCGGCAACAACCCUAGAUAGAUGGUGUGAGACAGGGAACUAAACACCAGAUGGUCACAAUGCAUUCCUAAGGCCAUGUUGCUUCCAGGAAGCUGGGGAGCCAGGACUCACAGA